UUUGAGUCCGCGGUUCACUUUCUUCUUCGUUGGAAAUUAAUUAGGGUUACUCUCCUCCUUCCAUAAUCGCCGUUUCAAGUUUGCAGCUUUGACAAUGCCUCGAUUUGAUGAUCGAUAUGGAAACACUCGCCUCUACGUCGGCCGCUUGUCAUCUAGAACUCGCAGCAGGGAUCUUGAGCGUCUUUUCAGCAGAUACGGAAGGUUUCUCUGGGGGGGUUUGCCUAACCUGGAGAUGUUUGAUGAGUGUACUGUGGACUUGGUGUAAUGGGUGGCAACUCUCUCGCCUGGUGUAUAGAGAGUGCAUCGGCGAUUUUGUUUCUUGAUUUAAUUGCAUGUUUUUGACUGGAAGUUCCUUAAGUAAUGAUGGGCCCCUUGAUUGCACUUUCCACAGAGUACGAGAUGUUGAUAUGAAGCGUGACUAUGCCUUUGUUGAAUUUAGCGAUCCUCGUGAUGCUGAUGACGCAAGAUACUAUUUAGAUGGACGAGACUUCGAUGGGAGUCGCAUCACUGUUGAGGCUUCAAGAGGGGCACCUCGUGGUUCUCGGGACAGUGGUAGCAGAGGUCCCCCUCCUGGUUCGGGUCGCUGUUUUAACUGCGGUGUUGAUGGUCAUUGGGCUAGAGACUGCACAGCAGGUGACUGGAAGAACAAAUGUUACCGCUGUGGUGAAAGAGGACACAUUGAGAGAAACUGCAAGAACAGUCCUAGUCCUAAGAAGGCCAGGCGUGGUGGAAGCUACUCCAGGUCACCAGUUAAAUCACGCUCCCCUCGCCGCAGAAGAAGCCCAAGCCGGAGCCGUAGUUACAGUCGUGGUCGUAGCUACAGCCGUUCACGAUCGCCAGUGAGAAGAGAGAGAAGCGUUGAGGAUAGAUCACUUAGUCCUAAGCCAAUGGAGCGAUCCGUAUCUCCCAGAGGCAAAGACCAAAGCCUGAGUCCAGACCGAAGAGUCGUAGAUGCAAGCCCAAAACUAGAAAAGCAAGAUGGGUCGGACUAUGAAGGCAGCCCAAGAGAAAAUGGUAAUGGCAAGAGCUCUGUGAGUCCCAUUGCGGGAGGUGAAGAAAGUCCUCAAGACAGGAGCCCCGUUGAUGAUGAGCCUGAGCUUAACCGUUCUUCCCCUAAAGGCAGCGAGUCACCUUGAUGGCUCAUUUUCCCCAGCAGGGUAAGAAUCUCAAUGCAUCAUUGUAUGUUGUUCCUUGAACUUUUACUUUGUUGACUCGUUGGUUUGUCUUGAGACUACUUUUAAACUUUGUUAUGUUUCAUAAAUUUGUUUUUAUAGCAAGACAUUUUAUAAUA